AUGCGCGGGAGCCGGCACUGGGGCUCCGUGAAGCAGGUUACGAGGUCCAACUUCGCGGAGGCGCUGCAGCAGAUUAGGGAGCACAUCCGGGACGCCGACUUCAUCGCAGUCUCCUCCCAGAAGACCGGCGCCGCUUUCCCCUCCUCUUCCUCCUCCGCCUCUAUAUCUCCCUUCCCAGCUGCCGCCGCGGCCGAUGCUUCCGGCCACCCCUGGUGGCACCGCGUCUCUCCCAUCGACAGCCUCCAGACGGCCUAUCUCAAGGCCAAGGUCGCCGCAGAGCGAUUCGAGGUGCUCCAGUUCGCCAUCUGCCCCUUCCGGCUCCAGGGUUCCAAGGUCGUCGCCUACCCGUAAGUACUCUUCCGAUUUUUGUAAUUUUUUUUUUUUUUAGAAUGCGAUCUGCCUGAACUCACUGCGAAGCCGACACCAUGUUUUUCGUUUCUGAAGGGCAGUUCAAUUUGGUUCCCAGUUCUAAUUUGUCUUCUUUAUAUUUUUAUUCGGAAUCUGUAUUAUUUUACCAAACGUGUAUGAGUUCGUGUCAUAAAGUUGAUGCUUGGAUCAUCAGCUCCUUGGCUCAUUGCUGGGCAUUUAGCGCGGAGAAUGCCACCCGGGUCUCCUUGUGACAGGAGCGCAAAUGAACUGCUGGGUAGUCUAAAAUUAUUAUCUUUUUUCUAGUGUUUGUGAUGCUGGGACCCAGGAGAUCUGAGUAAAUUCCUGGCGGGAAAAUGAAUGAAGGUUUUGUGGUGCGGGGAGAUGUUUAGGAGACUUGAAAGUUAUCCGAAAGUGCUUUAUAUGAUGCACAAGUUAGGUUUUGUCAAAUGCGAUGGAAAAGAAGUUGAUUGGUGUAAGCUUCGAAAUUGGAAACAAGUGUUCACUUCCAUUGUGAUACUCAGCAUAAUCUGUCAGAGUUCACGACUAGUCAUAGGUGCCCUUGUACUCCCUGGGCUUGAGAAAAGUCCUGAAAAGGCUUUCAGGUUUUGCCUUCUAAAUCUCCUGAAGCCUAGUCGGGUGGGGUGCAUGCCUUGCAUGGCUGAGAUUGGGGAUCACCCCUGGUUACGGGGGCUAGUUCAGGUGUACGAGGAGGGGUUUGGAAGAUAGGAACUAGGGUAUCUGUAUGUGUGGUGGGUAGGGGAAGGAUGUUGAGGGUGGGUGGUCCUCAUUGCGAUUCUGGCUUUUUGGUUUAUGGAGCAACUAAGUUCACUUUCAGGCUUGAUUUUGAGUCCCAAGUCAAGAAAGGCUAUCCUAGGCCUGACUGGGCUUCUGAGAUAACUUCUUUUAAUUGACACUUCUAUUAAUAGUGCGACUGUGUAAUUGAGAAAUAUCAAUAAAUAUCUGUUUGUUAGGAUCUCAAGUUUCUUGAUACACACUCACUCACUUUCACUGUGACAUUGCCGUGAUUCUGUUUCUUGAUCAAGGAGUCAGAUGUCUUAUGUAUCUAUUCAAUUCCACUUUUCUUUUAUCUAAUUUCAUGCAACUCCUAAUUCAAGAUUUUUCUGGGCAAAUAUGGCUUCUGCUCUGUUUUUUUUUCUUCUUCAAUACGUGCCUGUUAUUAAUAUUUACAGUAUGUUGCUUUUUUUUCUCCAAUGAUGACCACCAAUUUCUUAAAUUUCAUAAUAAAGUGGCUUGUUGAUGAUUAUUUCAUGGACUUGAUCGCAGGUAUAAUUUCCAUCUGUUCCCCAGAGACGAACUCAACGUUGGUAUGCCUUCCUACAGUUUUUCGUGUCAAACGUCGUUUCUAAGCUCCAUGGCCCGAGAAGGGUUCGACUUCAAUCUCUGCAUCUAUGAUGGUGAGUGAGGAACUGCCUCAUGAUGAAUAACUAUUGUAGUUAUUUUAUGAUCAAAGUUCCUCGGAAGCUGAUAAGAUAAAAUAACCAUUUAAAAAUUUCAAUUACUUCUAUCAUUUGUUUUAUGCCAUCAGGUUUAUCUUACCUGUCUAGAGUGCAAGAGUCCAUGGCAAAACAUCGGAAUCCAGUCCCCAAGUUACACUCGAUCACAUCCAUGGGUACUUCAGUUGCUGAUACGGUUUUCAUGGAAAGGGUAAAGUUGAGAAUUGAACAGUGGCGUAAUGCUUGUAGAAAUUCAAACCCAAACGAAGGUGGGUGUUCCUCAAGACGUGCAACUUUUCAAGUUGAAGGGGGUGGAGUGGAUGUUAGUCCUCUCAAAAACACCAUCUUAAUUUCAUGAUGUGCAGAUGCCCUUGUGAGGUCCUUGAGGAAGCUAAUGCGAGGAGGUGACGCAUAUGGUUCGAGACCAUGCUUAAAUAUUGAUGUUUGCAAUCAUCGUCAAGUGCAAUUAGUGGCCCAGGUAUCAUUUACGCUAUAUUACGUGAUAUUUAAGUAUUUAGUUGUGAUAUUUUAAUAUAUUUCAUGAUUCUGGAGUCUAGACAAGAACGAAAAAUCAAUUGUAUUCAUCAUUAUUCGGAAGCUAUUUUUACGUGUUUCUCCUUGCUAACGCUUCAAUCUUUGCUGAUGAGAUGAAGCUUUACUAAUAAGAAUUGUACGAAGAUUACAUACAUACAUGUGAUUUAUGCUGGACAUUCGGACCUUUCUACAUUAGUCUGUGCCAUCGAUGCAUCUUUGUUUUAAUGAAUGCAGGUGUUGAGGCAGUCUUUUGGAAACCUCGUACCACUGAUUACACCUGACAAAGGAGGCGAGCUGAACGUGGUCAAAGUUGUGUUGACAAGCUCAGAGGAGGACAGAAAUCUUCUAUUAGUAAGUAUAUAUACCUAGUUGUUAUAAGCAUAUUUACUAGUUUGACUGCUUAAGGCAUCUGAACAUGGAGACUUCUCAAUGUAGAAUGAGAUUCAAUUUCUCGAAGAGGAAAAUGAGAAGAAAUUUCGCGGAUUUCGGGAGGUGAUAGACAUGAUAUCUAGCUCUCAGAAACCAGUCAUCACCUACAAUGCUCUAAAUGGUGAAUCAUUAAACCUUAUAUUUAUCUCUACUCUGUAACUUUUCAGAAGUUGCUUUAAUGUUUUUUAAGGUUCUCUUGUUGCAGAUUUCACAUUCAUACAUUCAAAAUUCAUUGGUCCACUUCCUUCAAACAUGGCUGAGUUCAUGUGCUCUUUGAGAUUGGUUUUCCCCAAUAUAGUCGACGUAAACUAUUUAUUGAGGGAAAUCAACCCUUUAAGGAAGGCCAACAACAUACCAGCCGCUAUGUCUUACCUGAGGAGGCAAUUCUUUGUUCCCAUAGAGAUGGAGAUUCCAGAGCAAGGUACAUCCCUCCUUUAAUGUGGUAGUUAUUUUCAAUGAAAUUGGACCGAAGUAUGAAACAGUAGACUUUUUCUUCCCCCAUAAGAUGCUAUGCUGCUCCUUCUUUAACCGUCCACAUGGAAUGAUCUAAUAUGUGGGCAAUAUUAUCAUGAUUUAUGUUAUUAAUUCGCAACCUUUUUUACUUUACCUUGACGGUUCUUCUUUUCUUUUAUCAGCUAAUAAUAACACAGGAAAGAAGCAUGGGCACAUGGCUCUGAGGAUCACAAAUUUAUUUGCCAAACUCAGUCUUAUAUUGAAGAUUUCUCCCCUUGAUUCUCGGGUCACUGAGAAACCGGGUUUCAUCUCAAUUGAAAAUUAUGCAAAUGUCUUCCCUCCCUUCUGCACUGUCCUCAGAGAAAAUGAGGAAGAAGAUGUGGAUGACUCGACAGAUGAUGUCAGAAAAGUGGUCACUUCUAAUAUUGUCUUCCUCUGGGGAUUCGGGAAUGUGGGUUCCUCAGGAGAACUAAAAGAUCGUCUUCGUGGUUCUCAUGCUGCGUUCUCGGAAGACUUUGAGCUAGCAAUGGUUGAUAAGAGCUGUGCUGUUGUGGUCUUCUGGAAUCCGCAUUCUUCUCAAACAUUACUUCGAGACAUUGCAUCAGGAAGUAGUCUUGGGGGUCCUCUAUCAGAGAUGAUCUCGGAUGGGCUAAGAGUUGUUGGAUAUGUGGCUUACAAGAAGGUAUGCGGGAUAGGUCUUUGGGAGACAGAUUUAGCAGAUUCUUUGGAAAAGUCCUCAUUCGAAUCCGAUCAUAAUUAUCAUUUAGAUGGUGGAAAGGAAACUUCAGAGAUAUACUGGAACAACGAGCUGAUCAUCAAUCUUAAUGAUCUAUAA